GAGAUUCGAUAUGUUUCUUAAAGGUAGCAUUAUGAUCCUUGUGUUGAAUAUAACUCCAAGAAGCUCUGAGAUUUCUCACUUUCAGCAGUUUCUUUCACAUGGGUCUCAUUGAUACUCUCAAUUGAUUCUUUCUUUGUUGGGUUCGGAUUUUCUGUCAGCUUAGCUUCACUCCCUCGGUUGUGGGAAAGGCUCUUGAACGGAGUUGGUUGUAACAUCUCUCUCAACAAGAUUCUGGUCACUGGAGAAAAUUCCUGUUACAAGGUGUCUGCUCAUACUUUUGAUGGAGACUAGAAGAAACAUGGUUCAGACACUGGAAGCUAUAAAGGGUGGUGGAGGAUCCAUCAGGGUUGGGACCACUGGGACGGUCGGUUCCCUAAUGACAAGAGAAUUAGAGUCCAUCAAAGUUGCACCUCUGACGCCUGCAUCUUCCAGAAGUAAACAUCAAACAGCUUCUGUUUCUGUUCCCUGUGGUGCUACUACUCCGAAAAAGCUACAACCAAAAAAAUCAUGUGAUGAAGCUAGUAGCAGUGGAACCAGCAACUACAUUAAUCAGAGACGCCCUGAAAUUUCACAGAAAACAAAAACUCAUGCUAAAAAGACUAGUCAGAUCCCGAUAUUGAGCUCUGAUAAUGUUGGUCUGGAUAGAACUCCUAGUAGGCAGAAAACUAGUAAAAAAGGACCUAACAUUGUUGAAGUUGUGGACUUAAAAUGUGGGAACUCAGAUAGAGCAUGGGCUGGCCCUAUAACGAAUCGACUGAAGAAGCUGGGCUUCUCAAAGCUCUCUGAGAACAUUGUCUAACCUGGUAAUUUCUUCACAUCAGAUCUUAGAUUCCUGUAACUGUAUACAGAAAUCCCAAUUGGUCGUUUGCUGUCUGAAACUUCCACCAUACAACAUAUGCUUGGUAGGAUCCUAGUGCCUCUCUUUUUCUUCUUUUGUGUUUUUACCACUGGUUCACAAGCAGGUCUCAAAUGACUGCCAGAGGAAACCAUGUCUUUAAAUUGUGGCUGAGGCGUGUGUGAGCUACAUCUGCUGCUUAAUUCGAGGCGGCUGAAGUGCUCAAUUUCUUUCAUUAUGAGGGAUCCAACAGUGCCUCUGGUGCCUAUUUCCACAGGAGCAUAUGCAGCCAUUUUUGCAGCAUCUCUGUUGGCAAUGUUGCUGGAUUUAGACAUGUUUGGUUCUGCUGGAGUGGAGGGGGUGGCUUGUGGAUGAAAAGAGGUGGUUUGGGGUUCAGUCUUGGGUGGGGAAUUUACUUUUCUUUUGGGACAUAUGAUGUUUGGCCUUUGCUAUUUCACAAGGAUUCUUUGCCUUGUGUUCUUUAUCUAAAGUGAACAGCAUUUGUUGGGUUGGCUGGUUAUAUACUCACCUCAUUCAUGUGCUUACAGAUAAAAAGGUAGAAUCCCUUAAGCUACCACACCUUCUUUCUCUCUAUUUUAUUUUAUUUUUAAAUUUGACCAUUUGGCUCUCAUUUACUGAUUUAAUAUAGUUUUCCAUACUUGGAUUAUGUUUUGGAUUCAUUAUGACCGUCGGAUCUUGCGGAACAAUUUAGUUUGAUGCAUUAUCAAUCAGUAAAAGUGACGAUGCUGGAUUUUA